AUGGCAUUUAUUAACCCGAAACGGAUGGCCACCUACACAUUGACACCCACUGGGGCCUCUAUUGCGGAAGACGAGUCAAAUGUAGGACAACAGAUGCUUAAGAAAAUGGGCUGGGCUCCGGAAACAGGCAUUGGGAAAAAUAGGAACGGUAUCGUAGAGCCUGUCAAAUCUCUCGCUAAACACAAGUCCUCUGUCGUUAAGAACAAGUCCAGACUGGAAGACAAAUCUAAGCAAAGCCGUUCACGAGUUCACUAUGGGAAGUUUGUUCGGGCGAAGGAUGUUUCCCAGUAUUCUCGAAAGUCACUUAAGGUUAUUCUAGGCGCAUCAGUUGAUAAAAUACAAAGUUCUCCGGAAAACGACGCUGCUUUUUCGGCUCCAGAGGAUAGCAGGUCGAGAGGCACAGAAAUUAAACAGGAAUUCGGUGUUAAAACAUACUCCAGCUCUACCGAUCUGGCUAGUUACUUUUCAUUGAAGAGAAGUGCUCUAAAACCCAGCACUGAGGACUUACCAAAGAGGAAACGCGCGCGUUUUACUCCCACGAGUGACGAAGGCAGAGGAGAGAAACCGUCUUUUGCGGGCGCUACGCCCGAGCUUCCGCAUGAUGAUUCAGAUGAUAAGGAGAUUCCACGUUCGAGCAAACCCACCGUCUUUGAAGCAGAGCCACAUGAGAGCGACUCGGAUGAACCACCAACAGAAGCACCAGUCGAGAUUAAGGAGGAACCCACCCGACAGCGAAGCGCUGCUUUCUCAACUUCCAAUGUGCACUCCCUCCCUGGCUACCCUUUCUACUGA